UCUAUCUAUAAUUUUUUUUUCCAUUUAGUUAAAUCUGUGUAUUUGCAGUUUCAAACCUAAAAUCUAUGUGUCAUGUCUGUAAAAAUCGGUGUAAAUGAUGAUAAUCAUGCAAAAGAAAUGUUGGAGGAAUUGAACAGAUACAGAAAUGAAUCGAAGUUGCAUUGCAAUUUCACCAUUAUAGCUGGUACAGAAGAAAUCCUGGUGCACAAGAAUGUCAUGUCGGCUGGAUCUGAUUACUUCAAAGCUAUGCUUUCUCAUGAUAAUGUUGAAACUCAAUCUGGCAGAGUCGAGAUUAAAGGAGUGGAUCCAGUAUGCCUGAAACAAUGUAUAGAAUAUAUCUACACCGGUGAAUUAUCUACAACAAUUGGGAACGCCGAAUCCAUGAUGAAUGUGGCUCAAUUCAUACAGCUAAGAAAAGUUGUCGAUGGAAUUACAAAUUCUCUCGAAGAGAAUCUUGAUGAAAACUCAUAUUUCGUUACGAUGAGAAUCGCGAAUCUUUAUGGUUGCAAAAUAUUGGAGGAAAAAUGUAAAAUAUUUGCAAUGAGGAAUUUUGAGAAAAUUUCAAAUAAGGAAGAAUUCAAAUUCAUCGAAGAAAAGGAUAUAUCUGGUAUGAUUAAAUGCCAGGAUAAUAAGGCGUCAGAAAAAUUGAAGCUGAAGGCAUUAAUAACAUGGAUAGAACACAAUGCAUCUGAUCGCAAAAAAGUACUGAAGAAAUUGGAUCAUUAUGUGGAUCUAAAGAAAGUUCCUCUCAAUUAUAGGAGAUUCUUGAUCGAAAAAAGGAAAAUCGUCAAGACAUGUUUUGAGUGUUAUCAUAUCAUAAGCAUGUCUGUAAUGGACAGCAUGAACAUUGUAGCAUCUGAUUCGGACUCAUUUGAACAUGAGAAGAGUUCCACAAGUGCAUGUAAUUCAGAUGAACCUACUAAUAAGUUUUAUAUGGGACAUAGAAAGGUUCCAGAAAGGGGUUAUUUAGCAAGAAAUGUGUUUCACAAGGUCCCCAGUAUUCCGUUACGGCCAGUAGUGAUGCCUACCCCACAACCACAACAACAACAACCAGUCAAAACCCAGGAAGUUGUAUCAACUGUGAUAGAUAAGGAUAUUUUCGCAUAUAUGAAACUUGUUCAUUCUUUGGAUUUGAAUGAUAUCAAAAAAAAAUUCGACGUUGACAUGAAUGAAAUUGUGGUGGGCGACGCGUCCAAAAUUGUUCUCACUCCUACAACUUCAGAUGGAAACCCCAAAAAAGCGGAAAAAUCUUUGAAUGCUCUUCAUGAUAAAGUUUCAAAUUCUGUCGCUCAAGAUACAACCAGAAUCGAUCCGAAUUUACCUAAGGAUGCGCUGGAAGGAAUUUUUGCUAGUCUUCGUCCCGAGUUUCCCCAAGUACACAUGGAUCGAGUGCAUGAUUCACCAUGCAACAUCAUAUUCACUGCCCCGAACCAAGAAAAAUGCAGGAUGGCGUUGAACAUGUUCAAACACUUUUUGGAUCGAGAAAAAAUGAUGAAUAACCCUAAUCAAGGUAAUUCAGGUGGAGCCACUGAUAUGAAAGAUAAAAAUAUGAUUUCUGUCGACAAAGAUAUUUUUGGAUAUCUUGAACUUACUCGACGCAGUACACUCGAGAGAAUUUGGGCUUCGAACGGUGUGCGAUUGGAGACUCAAACAAUUGGUGAUUGUUUGAACAUUCGACUACAUCGUCUAUCAUCUGACCGUAAGUUUAACCCAGAGUCUGCAAUUGAUGAAUUUCAAAAGCUUUAUACCCACGCUCAGGAUAACACACCUCAAGAAACUUUUGAUUUAAAGAAGCACCACAAGAGCAUGAUUGGAAGUCAGCGACUUGUCGAUGCGAUUCGUCUGACUAGAAGCUCGUGUGGAGAUGUCUACGUGGCAGAGAUGCAUGGCGCGAACGACCACGUUUUAUUCAUUGCUGAAACAGAAGAUAAAUGCAAGAAAGCAAUGUCGAUAUUUGAAAGACUUAUAAGUCAAUAUUAGUGACAUUUCGUAUUAUUGUCAAUGUAAAUUAUACUCAUAACAUUUCUUGUAUUGUACACGCAUCAUUGUAUAUACAUUAACAUAAUCUCAUCAUUAUGUCAUUCCUAAAUAUAUUUUCGUAUUAAUUGUAAAUCUCUUGAAACCUCAUCAAUGAUGACAAAAUUCAAAUUAUAAUAUGAAAUAUAUCAAGGUUGAAA